AUGGAUUUAUGUUGGGAGCAGGACGGUCAAGCCCACGACGUCGCUUAUGACCAAUCGAACGCAAACGGCAGCUCGACCUCGAACGGCGAUGAGAUAACCAAUAAGCAUGUCAUCAGCAUUGAAGAGCAGCUAAACUCUGCUGAUGUCAGUAUUAGCGGCGGAUCAGAUACGGAAGCCUCGCGCCAAAGGGACGGAGAAAAGGGCCAUGGGCGAUCAGCCUCAUCAGCAAAAAAGCCUGCAACUUUCAAGGCCGUGUCGGUUAAUAAGACAUUCCUGGCUUCAAAAAGCAGCCCCAGCGGCGUCGCCGCCAAACCAGUGGAUAAACCCGCGACGGGUUCAAAUACUCCGCCUCCGGGGCCGAGCGCCUUGUCGUCGUCGCGGCCACGUCUUAUUGCUAAGACUGGAACUAGCACUAGAGAUUCGGCUCCUCGGUUUUCUUCUAUUAUCAAUGGCGCUAAGCCAGCUUCAACUCCUGACCCAGGUGCCGUUUGGAACAAGAACAGACCUCCCGAGCCCAAGAAGUUCACCGAUGAAGAACUAAAGAAAUAUGGAAUUCAUAUGGCUAGUCGCCUCAAUGAAGACGAUACACAGGGGCCGAAUAAAUGGGCAGAUAUUGACGACGACGACGACGAUUGGGCACCAGAAGCAAUUACCUGGGGUGAUGGAACCAAAACGACACUGCCACAUCUGGAUGAGCCUCAAACGUCAGUUCACGACAAAAUGGUGGUUCCAGUCUCUAGCAAAUCUCAGAUGAAACCAAACUCACCAGGGCCGACCAUGUCUUCUGGGUCGGCCAUGUCAAGACCUGGAGGACUGACUGCGGGAAGAGGAUUAGUAUUUAAGCCUGCGUCUCAAGAAAAGCCGGCAGUAACUUCUAAACCGCCUGUUUCUGCCGCCCCUACCAAAUCGCCGUGGGCAACCUUGCCUCCGGUCGACAGGGCCUCACCAGGAUUAGCAGACCCUUUGCCGUUACCCCAUAACGAGGCAAGAGAUGCUAUAAUUUUCAAACCCUCUAACCACCCACCAAAAGAGAUUGCCGCUGAUGACUUUACGCGUUCAUCUUGGAGGGAAGGCGCUUCACAUACCAACAGGGAACUCUUUAACUCGCAAUCUGGCCGCUACGAACCAGUUUCGGACCGACGGGGCUCAAUCAAAUCAGAAUCUCACAUCAAGUAUCCAGCUUUGCUUCAAAGGCCCCAGCCUUCAGAACAAUCUGUGGAACCACAUGGACUACCUCUCACUGGCCGAAUGCCCCAAGAGGCUCCUUUUACUCGACGCCGAGGAUCGUCUAGCGUCAGCGCAGGAAGUGGAUUGUUUCAGCAGAAGAUGGGGAAGAACAAUGACACAAAUGUGUCUCUUGUGCCGCCUGUGGAUAUGAUAACCGCAAACAGAGCAUCGUUCUCAACAUCUCUAGAAAGUCCUGUCUCUUCAAAUGAGCCAGGCCUUUCUGGUCCUCUCUCUAAGCAACAGGCAUCACAACCACGAGUAACGACAUCUUCGCCCGGCUCGGCGUUCACAACGCCACAGCUCAGCGCAGCCCAUUCUGAUCCAAAGCCUAAUUCUCUUCAACCCUCGAGUGGUGAUAUCGUCGAUGAGGUGGAGUAUCAGAAAAGACUGAUGCGUGAACGGGUAGAGCUUGCUAAAAAGCGUCGACAGGAAGAAGAGGCGCGGGAAGAAGCUGCCAAGCGAGAACGUAUUCAAAAGAAGUUGGAAUCCUUAGGCCCUGCUCCCGAAAAGCGAAGUGGCAAAAAGGAGCUUUCCUUAAAAGCUGAUAUUAUCAAACCCACGCAGAUUCAACAGCGAGAACGGCCAGUUUCUAGUGACAAGGAAAGUUCUCCAGGUGGAGAAGUAUCACCAGUGAGCCCUAUAUCAACAGUCCCAAGUCAAGCCGACGGCCCGGUGGUCAAUUCUAAAGUUCAUUCUUCGAAUUCCUCGCUCCCGCCACCAUCAACAAGCUCCAGAAGACUCUCUCAUGGCCAAGAAUCACGGCGUAAUGAUCUCUGGGGCGGACAAGGCGCUCGUGCAGACAGGUUUCCAUCCUGGGGCGCUGGGGCGUCGCCAUCAUCGCGAAAUGUUUGGGGGUCUCCAGACAAUGACCGCGGCUUAGGAAACGGAACUUUCAACCCAGAUCUUGGUAGGGUCACGAAUGCUUCCUCAGCAGCAUCGCAAGGACCAAAGGGACCACUGCCAAUUGCACCACCUAGCAAUACCGCCAGAGUCCCCCCAAACAGUCAGCCUCAGGCUUCUCAAAUGCCUUCGAUCAGCUCACAAAACCCUCGAUACGGGCCACCGGGGCCGGAUCUUGCAAGCAAGUGGGUCACUUCUGUCGCAGAAAAUGACAAGAAGUUAAGCGCUACGAGGCUGACGGAGCGGGCUAGCCGUGAGCGUCAGUUGAUGGAGAGGGGAUUAACUAUGGAAGAUACACAACCAACGAUCAAGGAAACCUGGCGCCCCAUACAUGUUCCAGGUGAUGGGACACGUCGCAAUAUUGGUACGGCGGACGUGCAGUCCCAUCAAUCAGCGCCUUGGAAAGCAACUAAAGAUGCGUCCCAAAAGGGUACGACAUCUUUGGAAGAUUCAGCCCCCUCUGCGAAUGCUGGUAUAAUUGGCUCCGGAGCACCAUCCCAGUCGCGACCAUCAAGAUUCUUCCCAGCCAAAGAUAUACGCCAUGAAACGCUUUCUGGGCGCAGUUUCUCACGUCCAUCCUCUCCGACUCCGCCUCCGCCUACGAUGGAAGGGCAUCCAGCAUAUGAGGGGGAUGUAAUGCGACCACAUGUAUCUCUUCCUAAACCUCAGCCGGUUGUGAAACUUCCACCUACAAUGUGCUCAACACAACGUCCCCCAUCGCGCUCCAGUAACGUUUGGUCGACUCGAAUCAGCCCGAAAGACGGUCAGCGAGAAGAGCCUGGCCGUGAUUUACCACCGGGCAACGAGCAUAACUGGCAAGCCAGAUUCCAUAAAUUGCUCCAUGGAGACAAACCGCUCCAAAGCAGAGAUACCACCGUUGACGUCUCUAGCAAAGGCUCAUUCGAUCACCCUGGCUAUCAAACCUCCGCCACCGUUUCUCUCCCCGUCGUACCCCCAACACAACCUGAUACUGGUUCCCAUUUACUUAUAUCUAAGCCUAUGGCAGAAGAGUGUUUUGAGGAGCAAGAGAUGGGCUCUCUGCCUCAAAUACGUCUCCCUCAUAAGGUACCAGACGCAGCAUGGCAGCCUGCUGUGGCUCAAGCGAAAACAUUACCUAAGAGAUUCCUUGUUCAAGCGUCCAUCAUGGAACCAUUUCGUCCUUCAGACCUCCAUGGGGGCCAGAAUACUAUCAAUGUUUAUUUCCCAGGAAUGAAGGAAGUGAAAUCUGUGCCGAUUCCUCACUCUGUAGCUCGAGGUUCACGAGGCUCCCACGCCCAACGGACGGCCUCUAGACAUCGGGGACUCGGUAGUGGAGCACGAGGGAAGAAAGAAACAUCCAACGCCCAGGACAAUGAGUCUAACCACGGUCGGAGUGGCAGAGGUGGCAGAGGAGGGUAUCCGUCGAGGCGAGUCGACAAUUGGACCCGACAUCAUUCCUCUCCGUCGCAGUUUCCCGGCAAAUAG